AUGGCGAGAGAGUCCCAGGAGGGCCCCGCGCUGGGCGCGCGAUCCGCGGACGAUCCGACGGGCAUCCUGCGCGUCAAGGGGGAGCCGGAGGGGAGCGCGGGCCUGGAGGAGGCGGCCGCGGCGCCCGGCUGCUGCCCCGUGCCCGGCCCCGUGCCCGGCCCCGAGCACUCCCGCCGGCGCUUCCGAGCCUUCCGCUACCCCGACGCCCGGGGCCCCCGCCAGGCGCUGGGGCGGCUCCGCGAGCUCUGCCGGCGCUGGCUGCGGCCCGACGUGCACAGCAAGGAGCAGAUGCUGGAGCUGCUGGUGCUGGAGCAGUUCCUCAGCAUCCUGCCCGCCCAGCUGCAGGCCCGGGUGCGCGCGCGGCAGCCGGCCAGCGGCGAGGACGCGGUGCGGCUGCUGGAGGCCUGGGAGCGGCCGCUGGACGCGCGGAGGCCGCAGGUCCCAGUUAGUGACCAGGACCAAGAACUACUCUGUUGCAAGAUGGCCAUGUGGAAACCAGCUCAGAGGUCACGAAGUAGCCAGCUGCAGCCAGUGAAGGCCCUGCCCAAGCAUGAACGUAUGGAGACCCUGCUUCUACCAGACAGAGGCCUCCAGACUCCUGGACUUGCCCCAGAAGGACGCAGAGAUAUGGAGGUCGCUGCCAGGCCCGGCCCGGAGUCCCAGGGGCUGAAAGCGGAAGCCGUGGCUCGAACCCUCUCCCCUGGAUGGAGGCAGCAGGAGCUGUCUCUGGUGAACGCCCGAGAGGAGAGGCAGAAGCACAGCAGUCUCAUCUCCCCAGGUGGAGUAAUGCUGACUGAGAUCAGGGACAUGCCCCUGGAUGAGGAACUUCCAGAACUGGAGAAUGUGCAGACAGCAGGCUGUCUGGGUGUUGGCACUGUCCAGAUUUCUCCCUGCUUAGAGGUUGGGGAGCUAGAGAGUGGGUUACAAAGAAAGCAGAGAAACGCCACAGAGAGUAGAAGGUAUUAUUGUCACGAGUGUGGAAAGAGUUUUGCUCAGAGUUCAGGCCUAACUAAGCAUAAACGAAUCCAUUCAGGGGAAAAACCCUAUGAAUGUGAGGACUGUGGCAAGACUUUCAUUGGCAGCUCGGCCCUUGUCAUCCACCAGCGAGUCCAUACAGGGGAGAAACCGUAUGAAUGUGAAGAGUGCGGCAAGGUCUUCAGUCACAGUUCAAAUCUUAUCAAACACCAGAGAACUCACACUGGCGAGAGGCCCUAUGAAUGUGAGAACUGUGGGAAGACUUUCAGCCAGAGCUGCAGCCUCCUUGAACAUCACAAAAUCCACACUGGGGAGAAGCCAUAUCGCUGCACCUUGUGUGGGAAAGCCUUCCGGCGGAAUUCCCAUCUCCUCAGGCACCAGAGGAUCCAUGGGGAUAAAAAUGCCCAGAAUCCUAAACCUGGAGAGACCGGGCAGAGACAGUGGAGGAGGGAAAGCCAGUGGGAAAACUUCGAGGCUCCCAUGACCUACAAGUGUAGUUUCUGUGAGAGAAGCUUCAGGCAGAACAGUAGCCUUCUGGAACACCAGAAAAUCCACACGGGUGAGAAGCCCUAUCAGUGUGAUGCCUGUGGAAAGGGCUUCACCCGAACUUCAUACCUUGUCCAACAUCAGAGAAGUCACAUUGGAAAAAAAUUUCUUUCUCCGUGACUCGUAUCUUACCUGUCAAGAGUUGGCACUCAUUUGUCCUGUAACAGAAGCCCGCCUGGAGCCCUUGCUGAUGCAGAAAUCAUGUCUGGGUUCUAAUUUACUACUCUUCACCGUCAGGUUUUUGUUACACAAUACAUCUGGAUGAGCUGAAUGAUCUCCUUCUAGAAUGUUAUUGGAAAACAACUUGUUGAUAGGAGGCUGUGGGGAGCUGCCUGGAAGGGUAGGACCUGAAACCGUUUGUUUUACCCAUGGGACUUCCAAGGGCUUCGAGACUGGCUGAUCCACUCAGCCAGCACAUUGUAACAUCUCUGAGCAAGCUAUCAGAUGGCUGUGUUGUGGGUACUGCAGCGUUGACCGUUCAUUUUACCUCCAACGAAUCCUCUACCAUUUACUGUACUGAUGGAUCUUAUACACGCCACCUCCACCCCUACUGUGCCUUUCAUACAGGUGCUGUAAACACGUAUUAAAUAUACCACUGACAUCUUCAUUGCU